GAGUAUCGAGCUGCAGCACGAUGUAUUCAUUUCGGCUUCUGUUUCUCUUGUUGGCUUUCAAGGUGACUUCGAUUAAAGGAUUCUCACCUAACAUAAAGGAUCUACCUGACAUCAAUGCAACCGUUGGUGACAAUGUUACUUUCAAAUUCACUGACGAUGUGCAAAUGUCGAUCAACUCCUGUCAGUUCGGCCUUGAAGCAAAUCCACCAGGAACCAAACCGGGCACCGUGCUUAAUGAAGUGAUGUACAACACUACGACGAGAAAGUUUUACGUCGUGAGAAAUGCUGAUAGCAGAGUAACGUGGGCUGGAUUACGAAUAGUGAAAGCAUGGUUCAAUAUAAAUAAUGUGAAAAUGAGCGAUGCUGGCACCUAUAGAGUAUGGUGCAAUUUUACUGGUGGUGAAGACAAUGCAAAGGCGGUUCUUCGUUUUAACGAAGUCCCUACCACACCUCCUGCAAGCACUACAACUUCUGCUGCUGCCACAAACAGUACAACAGCUACUGCUGCUGCUGCUGCUGCCACAAACAGUACAACAGCUACUCAAGGGAAAACCAAUCCAACCACAGCUGGUGCUGCAAAGGCAGACGGAACAAAGCAUUUUCCUUUGAUGGUGCCCAUGCUACUUUUUUUUCUCAACAUUUGAUACGUUCAUAACAGUAAUUGCACAACACUGUAAACAUGGMCUGGUAAACUCAACCAAUGGAGUAGGCCUUUCUAUUAAUUCUUCACUUAGUGCAAAAUCCGGCAAACUGGAUGCAAUUAGUUAAUGCACAUAUGGUUGUAAACAGAAUUCUAAAUAAAGGACUUGACUUUGUACAAUAUAA